CCCUCUCUUUCUGCCCGGCCGCCGAUGGUGCUCCCCGGAGGGGCCGGCCUCGCCAUGUCGCGCUCGGAGGAGGUGCACCGCAUCACGGAAAAUGUCUACAAGACUAUCAUGGAGCAAUUCAACCCUAGCCUCCGGAACUUCAUUUCCAUGGGGAAGAACUAUGAAAAAGCCUUGGCAGGUGUGACAUAUGCAGCAAAAGGAUACUUUGAUGCUCUGGUGAAAAUGGGAGAACUGGCCAGUGAAAGCCAGGGAUCUAAGGAACUGGGGGAUGUACUUUUCCAGAUGGCUGAAGUCCACAGACAGAUUCAGAAUCAAUUAGAAGAGAUGCUGAAGUCCUUUCACAACGAGCUGUUAACACAACUGGAACAGAAAGUAGAACUGGAUUCACGAUAUCUAAGUGCUGCAUUGAAAAAGUAUCAGACUGAGCAAAGGAACAAAGGAGAUUCGCUGGAGAAGUGUCAGGGUGAACUGAAAAAGCUUCGGAAGAAGAGCCAAGGGAGCAAGAACCCCCAGAAGUACUCUGAGAAGGAGCUGCAGUUUAUUGAAGCUAUCACCAACAAGCAAGGUGAGCUCGAGAACUAUGUGUCGGAUGGGUACAAAACAGCACUCACAGAAGAAAGGCGACGAUUCUGUUUCCUGGUGGAGAAGCAGUGCGCUGUGGCCAAACAUGCUCUUACGUACCACUCCAAGGGAAAAGACAUCUUGACACAGAAGCUUCCCUUAUGGCAGCAAUCUUGUGCUGACCCCAACAAGAUCCCUGACCGUGCUAUCCAGCUGAUGCAACAGAUGGCCCUCAGCAGCAAUGGGACGAUUAUGCCCAGCCCUCUCUCCACAUCCAAGUCAAACCUCAUCAUCUCAGAUCCCAUCCCUGGUGCCAAGCCACUCCCAGUCCCACCAGAACUGGCACCUUUUGUUGGACGAAUGUCAGCACAAGAAACCAUGCCAGUGAUGAAUGGUGUCUCGGGCUCAGAAGGGGAGGAUUACAACCACUGGUCUGACCGGAAGCCUCCUCAGCCAAAGUCUUUAUCCCCACCUCAGACACAGAAGAUGAGUGACUCUUACUCCAAUACUCUCCCUGUGCGCAAAAGUGUGAUGCCGAAAAACAGCUAUGCAGCCACUGAAAACAAGACUCUGCCACGUUCCAGCUCCAUGGCGGCCGGACUGGAAAAGAAUGGCAGGACAAGAGUGCGGGCCAUCUUCUCUCACGCUGCUGGGGAUAACAGCACCCUUCUCAGCUUCAAGGAGGGGGAUCUCAUUACAUUGCUAGUGCCUGAGGCCAGGGAUGGGUGGCACUAUGGGGAGAGCGAGAAGACAAAAUUGAGAGGCUGGUUCCCUUUCUCCUAUACCCGAGUGAUGGACAGUGAAGGGAAUGACAGAUUACACAUAAGCCAAGGUAAAAGCAGUAGUACAGGCAACCUGCUGGACAAAGAUGACAUCCCUCCACCAGACUACAGCAUGUCCUCCCGAGGUUUCCAGUCACAGAAUGUGAGCACUUUCAAACAGAGGCCAUACAGUGUGGCAGUGCCAGCUUUCGCCCAGGAGUACCUUAUGCCCUACGGCUGUGCCAUUAAUGAAUAUUCCAGUGGCCUCUGCCCAAUGCUACCAGCCUCCUACCAGCCUUACCCUAGGUCAACAGCCGGCCUGGAUGACUAUGGAGCAAGACCCUCAAGCAGCGGCAGCGGCACUUUGGUAUCUACAGUGUGAGCAAAGGAACCUUGACUAGGAAAGGUGGCUGCUGCUUGGUGGAAGAGUUUUCUGCUUCCCUGUCCCCUUCUGUUUCUUUUCUUUUCUUUCUUCUCCUUCUGCACAAUUUGCCGUCCCUUUCUUCUUUAAAGAGAAAGUCAUCUCUCGCCUUUGGAUUGAGAACUCUUGUGAACAUUAAGGAACCCAUGAUGCUGCAAAUUCCCCCCACAUGUGUAGAUGUCCUUGUUUGAGCAGAAAAUAUCAAAGCCAAGAUUACUAGUCCUCACAACAACAACAGCAACAACAGCAGCAGCAACAGCAGCAGCCAUCACGACCACCGCCUGGAUGCAGUUUACAUGUAAAACAAACCAGAUAGAGAUCUUGCAUCAUGCUCUCUUGCGCUCUCACUCUCUUUGUACUUCAUACAUGAUUUUUUUUAAAAAAAAGAACUGCACUAUCCCUUUAAAUAGAGACUUUUUUCCUUAUCAAAAAUUCUAGAAACAAAUAUGCAUGGCCUAUGGUGUGCACACUGUUACUUUCACUCCCCUCCUUUGAAGGUUACCAUGCUGCCCAUUUCUGUUGUCGAAAGGAAAGGUGCAUAGAGAUGCUAGGGGACCCCAGGCCACCCCAUUAGUAGGCUCUAAGGACAGUGGAUAAGCUAGGGGGAUGAUUUAGCAGUGAGCAAUGGCAUGUUCUCAGGAAGGAUUGGACUGUUUGCUUGACCCUGCCAGUUUAACCGAGCACUAACCCAGUAGCCAUUUUAAAAGGGUUUUAUUUUAUGUAUACAUAGAUAUACAUAGAUGUGUAUAUAUGUAUUUUUCUAGGAAGGCAUGGUUACCUCACUAUUAGUGCUCCUGGGUUAUUGGAGUAGAAGGCUGGGAAGGAUGGACAUCGUUUUGAAUUAUGCAGCUUGCCAGAUCAAUCCAAAGACUUUCUCUUUGUAUCACGGAGGGGCUUUGUUUGGGGUCUUUUCAUUUUUAGUGGAAGGAGGAGGGGUGGCAGGACGGCUUGUGUCUGGGGCUGGACUACAGCUGGGAAUGGAUGACUUGGGCAAAAUUCAAGUGCUUAAUGUCUUAAAAUGUUGUCAAUCUUCUUUAUGUGUCUUAAUUAACUCCAGAGGUGAAAAUGGAUAGGAUUGGAAUUAAUGGCCGCUGAUACAUAUUUUUCAGUCUCUAAAUUCAGGGCAGUUUUGUCAUCUGAAGACUAACACUUUCAUUUACAGUUGAAAAUCUACAAUGUGAAGCUGCAUUCCCAUUAUGACCCUGAUAUUUUUUUUAAAAAAAUACAAUUUUUGAUUUGUAUGGGAGUCUGCUGGCAAUAUUAUCUUGAUGAAAUGUAUAUAUAAAAGUUCUAUCUCUCCACACAUAACAAAGAUUUUAUUGUUUUCUAUAACAGCUAUUGAAGCAUAUGUAACAACCUUACAUUGUUGUCAUACUUUGCUCAAAAGACUUUUACAUUUGGGACAUCUUGUAGUAAAAUAAUGAACAUAGAAAGCAAAACAUUACACAAAACCUGUGCAAAACCUGUAAAAGUGCUGGGUAUGUUGGGAGUUGUUUUGUUUUGUUUUUCUUAAAAAUGAGCAGAAAACAAAACACUGGAGCAAAUCUGCCCUGUACUGAUAUGUUUCAAUAAAAGUUUGAUUUCCUCCAUUGA